AUGUACGUACAGGUUGAUCGCAUCCUCUAUUCUUCCGUGGUAUAUCCUGACAACUACGGAUUCAUUCCUCGUUCUCUAUGCGAGGACAACGACCCUAUGGACGUGCUAGUUCUCAUGCAGGAAGGUCCGACUUAUUACUGGUCUAUUUUCUCUGACUUGACUCAGCUUGACCUACUUGAGCCAAUAGGGCUAAUGCCAAUGAUCGAUCAGGGAGAGAAAGACGACAAGAUCAUUUCAGUACAUGCUGAUGACCCCGAGUAUCGCCACUACACAGACAUUAGCCAACUCCCACCCCAUCGUCUCACUGAAAUCCGGCACUUCUUCGAAGACUACAAGAAGAAUGAGAACAAAGAGGUGGCAGUAAACAACUUUUUGCCUUCAAACAACGCUGUCGACGCCGUUCAAUAUUCCAUGGACCUUUAUGCUGAGUACAUUCUGCAGACAUUGAAGAAGAAGUAA